UCCUCACCAUUGCCAUAUUGAUGUAAGUUUCUUCGGGUUGCUUCUACAAGCCCAGGGGCGGGGAGGCCUUGUUUGGAGGGGAGGAGGGCGGCAGCGCAAAGCUCUAACGCGUGUCUUGCCGCCACUGUCGCGGGCGACAUGGGGAGAGGGAGAACGGAGAUAAAGAGGAUAGAGAACCCGAUCCAGAGGCAGUCCACUUUCUAUAAAAGAAGGGACGGUCUGUUUAAGAAAGCCAGGGAGCUCUCUGUUCUCUGCGACGCCGACCUCCUCCUCCUCCUCUUUUCCUCUUCCGGCAAGCUGUAUCAGUAUCACUCCCCUUCGGUCGCCAGUGCCAAGGAGCUCAUAGAACGGUAUGAGGUGGCCGCCCAAACACAGAUUCGGGGAGACCGUCGCUUGGAACGGAACGCAGAGAUGGAGAUGGUGGAGAAACUGUGCGACACUUUAGAGAGAGAGCUCAGAUUCAUGAAGGUUGACGAGGGACAGCAGUACUCGCUGCCGGAUCUGGGCCUUCUGGAGCACAACUUGGAGACGGCCAUCGGCAAGGUCCGAGUGGAGAUGGACCGGAAGAUAGGGGCACAGAUCCACAAACUCGAAACCAUGGUAAGAGAUCGCCAACAAGAAAGAUACGGUCUGUGCGACAAGAUUGCACGAGUGCAGACGCUUAGAGGCAUGGAAGCAGAUGGAUCUGCCUCUUCAACUCCAGGACUGGACCUGAGACUGGGUCUAAAUUAACCAGGGUCGAUGAAGCCAACUGAUGAGCUGAAAAGUUGGAACUCAGGAUGAUCUGAUGAUGUUGCAGCUUUCUGGCUGCAAUCGAGGGCAACAAGGAGAGCUUGUAAAAAUAUCUCAAAUUCAAC